CUCGGAUAGCGACAGCAUGGCGGAAUCUUCGACACCUACAGAGAGCCAAAACCAGGCGCAAUUCGAUGCGAAAUCACUGCCUACCGAUUCUGCGAUCUCCUCAGCCGCGUCGCUUUCGAUAUUCGACAAGGAGGGAAACAAAGUUAAUUUUGGAAGUCUGUUCGAGAAGAAGGCGGCUGUGGUUAUCUUCAUUCGGCAUUUCUUCUGCGGGUCCUGCCAGAUGUACGUCGAACACGUCGCCAAAGUCCCCGCUUCGAACUUAGAACAAGCGGGGGUCCAAAUCGUCGUCGUUGGAUGUGGGGACUGGAAAGCUAUUCCCAUGUAUCACGAAACGACAGGCUUUACUGGACCUAUUUACGCCGACCCCAAUCGCGACUUGUACUUCGCCCUUGGCAUGACCCUCCAGAACCUCGAGAUGACCCCCAAGGGUCAGCCGCGCCCUUCCUAUCUGGCCAACGUGCCAGUCGUUCAAAAUGUUCUGCAGAGUACUUGGAGGGCAUUAAAGCAUGUUGGACUCGUUGGCAAGCAAGGAAAUAUAUCUCAACUCGGAGGGGAGUUCGUGUUCGGGCCUGGACAGAAAUGCGAUUUUGCGAGUAGGAUGCGGCACACCGAGGACCAUGUCUCCGUCGUGGAGUUGAUGAAGCACGCUGGUGUCGAGUACACGGAGAAUUCGCAGUCGACGUAGCCUUCCCAUUGAAUAGUUUAAAAUUUGGCAACUGUAAUGACUCCGGGCGCUGAAACCCUUCGGCCAGCACCCUCUAUAGGCCUCUUACAAUGG